CCUAAUCCCACUCCUCCUCCCUCUCUUUCCUUUUCCCAUUUCUCUCUAAGUCUCCCUGCUGUUGCCAAAAGCACUUGUUCUUCUAUAAUGGAGAAAAAUGGCCGCGAGAAGAAGCCGCUGCUUCUCGGCCGGUACGAGGUCGGUAAGCUCCUCGGUCAGGGCAAUUUUGCCAAGGUUUAUUACGCGGUGAAUAAACUCACCGCUGACGAGGUAGCGAUCAAAGUUAUAGACAAAGAGAAAAUAUUCAAGUCUGGCCUGGUGGCGCAUAUCAAGCGCGAAAUUGCGGUCCUCCGCCGCGUCCGCCACCCGAACAUCGUCCAGCUCUUCGAGGUCAUGGCGACCAAGUCGAAGAUCUACUUCGUCAUGGAGUACGUCCGCGGCGGCGAGCUCUUCAACAAGGUGGCGAAGGGCCGCCUCCGGGAGGAGCUCGCGCGCAAGUACUUCCAGCAGUUGAUCGCUGCGGUCGCCUUCUGCCACGCCCGCGGCGUCUACCACCGCGACAUCAAGCCCGAGAACCUCCUCCUUGACGAGAACGGCGACCUGAAGGUGUCCGAUUUCGGCCUCAGCGCCGUCGCCGACCAGAUGUGGCAAGACGGGCUGUUCCAUACCUUCUGCGGCACGCCCGCUUACGUCGCGCCCGAGGUGCUGGCGCAGAAGGGCUACGACGCCGCCAAGGCCGACGUGUGGUCGUGCGGAGUCGUUCUCUUUGCCCUCAUGGCUGGGUAUCUUCCGUUCCAGGACCCGAAUCUCAUGGUGAUGUACCGGAAGAUCUACAAAGGCGAAUUCCGGUCCCCGCGGUGGUUCUCCCCGGACCUAAUCCGCCUCCUCCACCGCAUCCUCGACACGAACCCGAGCCGGCGCAUCACCAUCCCGGAGAUCAUGGAGAACCGGUGGUUCCGGAAGGAUCUCCGGUGUGUCCGAUUCUACAUCGAGGGCGACACGCUCCACAGCCUCGACGACACCGACUUGCCGCCGUCCGAGCCCGAAUGGGAUCCCCCGUCUCUCGUGCCCACCACGCCGUCCACCUCCACCACGCUCUCCACCUCCGCCUCAGCGCCGUCAUUGCUAUCGCAAAAGAAGUACGGCCUAGGAAUGCGGAGGCCGGCGAGUUUGAACGCGUUCGACAUAAUCUCCUUCUCCGCGGGGUUCGACUUGUCGGGGCUGUUCGAGGAGAAGGGGGAGGAGAGGCGGUUCGUGUCGGGUGCGCCGGUGCGGAUCGCGAGGACGGUGAGCUUCACGGUGCGGACGAAGGAUUGCCGGGUGAGCCUGGAGGGGACGAGGGAGGGGGAGAAGGGCCGUCUUUCAAUCGUCGCCGAGAUCUUCGAGCUGACGCCGUCGCUGGUGGUCGUGGAGGUGCGGAAGAAGGCCGGCGACCGUGCGGAGUAUGAGGAAUUCUGCGACAAGGAGCUCGCCCCCGGGCUCCGUAAGCUUAUGUAUGGGCACACGGAGGCCAAGGACGAGGACAACGACGACGGCGACGACAGCGUCGAAGAUGAGAACGUUGUUUCUUCGGACACAGAGUAAUAAAAAUAUUAUUCACUUUUUUUUUUUCUUUUUUUGGGUAAAAUGUAUAGAAACUGCAUCAAUUAUAGGCUAUUUUGAUAUAAGUUCCGCGGCUUUAUUUCUUUGGAUUGGUA